AUGAACUCCAUUUUGUGUCCUGCUGCCACCAAAGGAACUGAACACAAGAAUCGCAGCAAAAUCUCAAUAAUUGGAUCAGGAUCUGUUGGGACAUCUAUUGCCUUUUCAUUGCUAAAAAUAGCUGGUGAAAUCGCUCUUAUUGAUAGCGAUGAGAAAAAGGUAGAAGGUGAAGUUCUAGAUCUUCAGCAAGGUCAGCAGUUCACAAGAUAUUGCAAGAUUAUCGGAGGUUCAAAUUUUCAGUUAACUACACAUUCAGAUAUUGUUGUUGUCACAGCUACUGCAGAUAAAAAUGAAGAUUCUAAACUGACUGUCAUUCAAAAAAAUGUCGACCUCUUUAAAGAAAUUAUUCCCAAGAUUGUUCACCAUAGUCCUGACUGUAUUUUAUUCAUUGUAACAGAUCCAGUUGACACAAUGACUCAUGUUGCUGCCAAACUGAGUGGUUUGCCAAAACACCGGGUGCUUGGGAUUGGAACAGUUUUGGACUCUGCGGUUUUUCGUUUUCUUUUGGGAGAAAAAUUCGACAUAUGUGCUUCAGAAGUUGAUGCUUACAUAAUUGGAGAAAAUGGUGAAAACAGUAUACCCUUAUGGAGAGGUGUGGAUGUUGCUGGUGUCAGACUAGCUACAAAGAAUCCAAAAAUUGGGGAUUCUGGUGAUCCUGAAGAUUACAAAUCUGUAUAUGAGACUGUAAUUCAAAGCAAAAAAGAACUUGUUCGUUUGAAAGGCAAUAAUUCCUGGUCUGUCGGUCUUGCUUGUGUUUCUGUUUGUGAUGCUAUCAUAAAUAAUCUUUAUGCUAUUCACCCUGUUUCAGUUUAUAUGAAAGGUGUCAAUGGUGUUCAAGAAGAUGCUUUCCUAGGUUUUCCAUCCUUGAUAAAUUCCAAGGGGGUUAGCCACGUAAUACCACAACCACUAACCACUGAUGAAGACAAAAUACUGAAACAGUGUAUAAGGGAGCAAGUAAAUCUCAUGGAACAAUUAAAUUUAUAA